CUCCUCCUCCAUCAUCUCUCCGUCCGGCUGCUGUCGGCUCGUCGGCGUCGUCAGGAUGGGAGAUAAAGGAACCAGAGUGUUUAAGAAAGCCAGUCCCAAUGGAAAGCUCACCGUCUACCUGGGGAAGAGGGACUUUGUGGACCACGUGGACCUGGUGGAGCCUGUCGACGGUGUCGUCCUGAUCGACCCGGAGUACCUGAAGGAGAGGAAAGUAUUUGUGACUCUAACCUGUGCGUUCCGUUAUGGUCGUGAAGACUUGGACGUCCUCGGGUUGACGUUUCGGAAGGAUCUGUUUGUGGCUAAUGUCCAGGCGUUUCCUCCACUGGCUGAAGAGAAGAAGAGUCUUACUCGUCUUCAGGAACGCCUGAUUAAAAAGCUGGGGGAACAUGCAUACCCGUUCACCUUUGAGAUUCCUCUGAACCUGCCGUGCUCCGUCACCCUGCAGCCUGGACCAGAGGACACUGGGAAGGCCUGCGGAGUCGACUUCGAGGUGAAAGCUUUCUGCGCAGAAAAUGUUGAAGAAAAGAUCCACAAAAGGAACUCGGUGCGUCUGGUGAUCAGGAAGGUGCAGUACGCUCCGGAGAAACCUGGUCCUCAGCCGACAGCAGAAACCACCAGACAGUUCCUUAUGUCAGACAAACCUCUGCACCUGGAGGCCUCUCUGGACAAGGAGAUCUACUACCAUGGGGAGCCCAUCAGCGUCAACGUUCACGUCACCAACAACACCAACAAGACCGUUAAGAAGAUGAAGAUCUCAGUGCGACAGUACGCGGACAUCUGCCUGUUCAACACGGCCCAGUACAAAUGUCCAGUGGCCACCGAGGAGUCAGAUGAUGUCGUGGCUCCCAGUUCAACUUUCUGCAAAGUUUUCACUCUCACUCCUUUUCUGGCCAACAACCGAGAGAAACGAGGCCUCGCACUGGACGGAAAGCUGAAGCACGAGGACACCAACCUGGCCUCCAGCACACUGUUAAGAGAAGGAGCCAACAAGGAGAUCCUCGGUAUCAUUGUAUCAUACAAAGUCAAAGUGAAGCUGGUCGUGUCGCGCGGCGGGCUCCUGGGAGAUCUGGCGGCGAGUGACGUCUCUGUCGAGCUGCCCUUCACAUUAAUGCACCCGAAGCCGCUAGAAGAAUCCAUCUACAGAGACGCUCCAGAUGAAGCUCCGAUCGACACAAACCUAAUCGAGUUUGACACAAAUGACGAUGACAUCAUCUUCGAAGACUUUGCCCGCCAGCGUCUGAUUGGGGCCAAAGACGACAAGGACGAAGACGAGGAGCCGGUGGACUCGCCCAAACUCAACGACAGAUAAAGGCGACGGGCAUCACUGCCGCCACUGCCGCUGUUGUUGUUUCGCUGCCGUUUGUAGUGUGGAGCUAACGGAGGUCACCUUUAGGUCUAACCACAGUCUGGACACCCUUUAAACACUCGGUGGUGCCGUGUUUGUGUUCUCGUUCAUGUUCGUCCUCUCUCUGCGUCCUGCCGGGGUGUAAAAAGCUAGAGUACCACAGCCUAGACGUGAGUUGUGUUUUUCAGACGGAGCGGCUCUCCACUCCCAUGCCGGCCGGCUGAAGUGUUGCACCGGCGGUCUCAGUAUCUUACGGAUGGCUGGUAGCAUGCUUCCAAUGUCACUUUGUUCUACGUGUUUCCAUUAGGGACCGAACAGGAGUAACGCUGUGUUGAGAUUAGUUUCGAUGAGUUGUAUCAGAGGGUCUUUAUAAACAACAACACCGCCAUCUUUGGUCGAUCUGCAACAGUUCACCGCCACUUCGAGCCACAACAUGGACUUCAGCUGACGGAGGUUUUGGUUCAUGAACCCUCUACAGUCAGUCUGUAUGCGGGUGAAGCUGCAGAGCGUGAAGAAGCACCGCAGGAGACGUGAUCCGCGGGACAUCCUGACUCGCCGAGAGGACCUUUAAACUACCAGAGAGAGCCACCAAUCAGCUGAGAGGAACCGGUGGCCUGGCUUGCAUGAAAUACAUCGAUACUUUCUAUGAUUCAUUAAUGUCAUGAAUAAUCAACCUUUAUAGGGGAUGGUCCUGGUUUUCAAGGAGCAUACAAGUGUUUUGUUGUUUGAUGUUUUCGUGUUGAUCAUUUUCCAAAUCAUCACCAGUAUUUCGAAUAACUUCCUUCCAUCCUUGCAGCUGCUGCUUUGGCUUCAUUUCUCCGAAAAUCACCUCGCAGAGAGACGACUGUGGCUGUGUUUUCAAGCCCACUGUUUUUUACACCGACCGAAAAGCGUCCGUAGCACAGUUCCAACAACUGACCUCAAACGUCUGGUCAGAUUCAUAACGCUGUUGACUUAGUCUUUGAUCAGAUAGUUCCUGAUUUGAAUCAGCCUUUUGACCAUUUUAAACUGUAUUUUACUGAGACAAAGGUCUUGUUCAGCAGCUGGUGUUUAGUAUUUAACCUUUGGUUUCUAUUUUUCAAUGAAAAAAAGGAAUUAUAAGAGAUCAUAAACAAACCUUUUUGUAUUUUUCAGUGUAAGGUAUCAAAAAACGUAUUGCCUCGGUAUCUAGGGUCUAUCCUAUUGGCAAUAGAAUUGUAAAAAAAAAAAAAAAUCCCCCGCACAUCUGUCUGGUCCAGAUGCUGAAUCCAAAACAACUGACUUUUGACAGUCAAUUGCUCCCUUUUUAAAAUUUCUUCUUUAUCACAUAAAGAAAAUUACAAAGCGAAAAUUGACUCCAUCAAGAACAGAAGAAUUGAAAGUUGAUGAAAUGGAGAAGAUCUACAUUGAUUUGUUUUACUGCUGACUCAAAAAGUCUCUGAAGUACAGUAAUACUUGAACACACCAGGGAGAGUUUUCUAAACAGUCCCUGCUUUCAUGUUCAGUACCACAUGAUAACAACAAACCUCUGUCAGAAGGUAAAGGAUGGAAUUUCUCUACCGGCUGAUUUUCAAAGAAAGGAAAUCAAUUUAAGAGCUGACGGAUGAUUUGGAAAAUGAUCAGCGGGGAUGUGAUGUAAACAGGAUGUAUUAAUCAAAUACCGGUUGGAAAAAAAUGCCAAAAAACACCAGUAUGGUCCUUUAAUGAACAAAUAUUAUUCAUAUAAUGUAUCAGGAGAGUUGAUGAGGUGUAAUUACCGAACAUGUACUUUACAAAACAAAUGUUUAAUUAUAACCUUCAAAAUAAAACGGUGACAGUCUGAAACGUCCCUCCACGUGAACACAGUCGGUGUACAGAUGUGUCAUUAGUACUGUGUGUGUGUGUGUGUGUGUGUGUGUGUGUGAGAGAGAGAUAAUGGAGACAAGACAUGUCACUCUUUGCCUGAACAUGACAUCACAUUACAGGAUAAGAUCAAAAACACCCAGAAUAAUAUCAUUGUUACUUCUAUUAUUAUUUUAAUUGGCUUUUAUUUUGACAGGGCCAGGAGGA